AUGCAAGCGGGAACCUCGCACUUCUCAGCUCAUGCUGUUACUACUAGCGCCCCGUUUGAUACCGCCAACGCUUCUCAAUACGAUUCUGCCGCGCUCCUCGACUACCAGCACCGCCAGAGCCACCGCAGCAACUCUCUCUCGUCCGGCAGCAUCGUCACCGUAGGACGUCCGUCCUCUCUGGCCCGUGUGCCCAGCGCCGAUGCUAGCCUGACACCAUUGAAUCUCGGCCGCGAUCCCAUGUCACCUGCCCCUGCCCACAAGCGAAGGAGGAGCGUGGCCAUUGAACCCAGCGAUGAUCAGUACGGAGCCGGUCUUGAUAGCGUCGGGGCGCUCAAUCGCUGGUCGCAUUCAACCACUUCCAGUGUGGCAAGUAACGCGCGCCGCAAUCGAUCUAGCAGUGGUGCGGUUCUGUCUUCGCUGGUCGGCCACGUCUUUUCUCCUCGCCAAAAACCCCUUACCGCGCUCGACCCAUCACCCAGGUCCAGCCCGCACAAGAGAAAUGUAGCUUCUAACUCAUCCGAUCUCACUGCUAGCCCUGACCGGAGUCGCCGGACUUCGAGGAUACAGGACCUCUCUGGUCAAUUGACCGCACUGCCUUCCCUGCAUACGACACCAGCAUUGACCGAUCCCAAUGAUAUCGAGUCGCCAUCCACGACACAGACCGUACCGACCCCCUCUACGCAUCAGCCAUACACGCAAACGGAAUACUUCGAGGGCGAUGAUGUCCUAUCUCCAUACGGAAUGGCGAAGGCAAAGCGAGUGGUGAUGGUGCGGAAUAACACGGCGCCAAUGCAGGUCAAUCACAGCGGAGCCGCUGGCUCAGACAGUCAGGAGACUCUGAAGAACAACAGCUCCUCACUACAGUCGGAUGAAGCCUCCAAACGUCGAUCGAAAACAGCAGACGAUGUCAAUGGUCACAGACGGCCGCGAAAUAGAGAAAGAUCAGAGAAAGACAAGAAAACGAUGCUGUCGAAAGCGUUACAAAAGGCGAAUACAGCAGUGCUCUUGGACAAUGCGCAAAAUUACGAAGGCGCGCUAGAAGCAUAUGGAGAUGCGUGUGGCCUGCUCAUGCAGGUCAUGGAGCGCACUUCAGGUGAGGACGAUAAGCGCAAGCUGGAUGCAAUCCGAGUGACCUACAGCAACCGGAUGGAAGAGUUGCGACAGCUCGCACAGGAGAGACCAACGACAUCUGAUGACAAGGAUUUGCCAGCCAGGCCUAUGAGUGACGACAGCUUAUCAUUAAAGAGUCCUGGGCCACUCUCAAGCCCUGUAAAUGGGGCGUUCCAGGAAGCAUCGCUUAUGGCAUCACCUACAUCUCGCAGCAAGACGGAUAGUGAGGUGCCGCGACUAUCGUAUCCUCGCAAGGAUCGGGACAGCUUCUUUCAAAGGACGAUGGAAGCGGUAGACAGCAGUUUUCACUCAGAUUCUCAGGAGGAACCUUUCCAUGAACAACAAGCUUCGCCGGGCGCUGAGGAAGAGCAAGUUGUGUUUGGUGGCAGGUCGAAACGGAAGUCAGUACAUCUACCGCCACCCCAGCAGGACCAGUUCAUGCCGAGACCACUUUCACCGCGCCGACCAGGUUCGCCCAACCAGGAAGCUCAGUCACAGGAAAACUGGCAGCAGGAAGAGGAAACUGCGCCAAGCGCCGAGAAUGGAUUGUCGCGUGGCCGAGCCGACAGCAAAGAUUCGACAUCGUGGUUAGACACAAUAGAUGAAUCCGGCGAUUCGUGCUCCGACUCCGACGAUUUCCACGAUGAGCAUGGCAAGCGCAGGAAGCACAUCCGAGGUGCAAGUAAUGGCACCGAUCCUGACUUCGAUGCAGCAUUCGACGCGGCCGUGGAGGCUGCUUAUGACGAGGGUCUUGAGCCAGACUUGGAGGCACGCAAGAAGCGCAUGACCGCGCUGCGACGUACACAGAAUGGUUCUGUACAGAUACCAGCAUCAGACAUUGACGAGAUCGAGGCCGAAGACUACGAGCAACCCAGUGUAUUAGGUCUUGAUGCCGAUGACGAAGAAGAGGAACGCAUUCUGGACGAAAUAACCCAGGACUAUGGGUCAGCCUUCAAUUUCGACCUUGGUUCGAAGUCUGCGCUACCACGACAGUCAGACUCCAGUGGGUACUCGCGAAGCACAUGGCAGAGCUCCCAAGUAACCGACCGGCACACUGCCGCGACGUCACUGUCGACAGUUGCUGAAGAUGUGUUAUCUUCAAACAGACUUUCGAAGCAGAUCGCGCAUUCAAGACCCCGUGGUGAAAGCUCAGCACUUCCGCCGCCUUCAGGACCGCCGCCUGGGCCGCCGCCCACCAGCGCAUUGCCUACUCUGCCUAGGCCGCCUAGUGCAAGCAACAACCAAACGUUUGGAGUUCGAAGCCGCCGGCUGUCGGCUCUCAACUCAAAGCAGCUCAAGAUUGAAACAUCGCCCGGGCCCAGUAUUCGCAAGCGAGCUUCCACUUUUCACCACACUGCAAGCCCGUUUGCGGAGGAGCACGAAGAUCAAGAUGCGUCUGAACAAGAGAAGUUGGGUGCGGAAUUGGAGCCAACGCCAUCAGACUCACAGCACGAGAACAUGCUUCAAUCACCUCCGUCGCUCGAGUUCCACCAGGCGCUUGACGACAUGACUGGUCAAGAUGAGCAGGAUGGACAAUACAGGCCAAGCUAUGAGGAGGUGCCUGGCGAACUGCCUGGACUACAGCCUACGCUAUUCAGGAAGAAUAAGUCAUCAGUGAGCUUGCGCGAACAUGCUGGCCACCAGUUGCUAGUAGCGUCGCCGGAUCCUGAAGCGCACUCGAGUCUGGCCACUCCCAUGAGCUCGACCUUCAUGACAUUCGCCUCGAAACGACAACGCGAUCUGAACCCACUGACCUCGCAGCGCGCGACCCUACCUUCAUUCGCACAGGCAGAUUUCGAGCAGCAAGUCGGCGGAGGCAUAUUCCUCUUCGACACGUCACUGUCUGCCAAAGAAGCGCCAGUUUCUCCAAGAUCGCCGAACCUACCUCCCUUGCCAAUAGGCCUUGAACCUUGUCCCGAACCCUUUCUGCUACGGCCGUUCUGGCUCAUGCGUGGGUUAUCACAGACCAUCACACAUCCCAGAGGCGGCUUCCUAUCCACGAAGUUGUUUGUGCCUCGCGAAGUAUGGCAGACAAGAGGUGUUAAGCUCAAGCUCGUGGAAGACAAGGUAGCGAAUUGUGACUUACUCACCGCUGCGCUCGGUCGACUUGCGGGCGUGGACACAUACGAUGCAGACGCUGUCAUGGACGAGCUUCAAAGCUUCGAAGAGGUGAUGGAGCGCGUGCAGGCCGCUCUCGCGAAAAAGCUUGGAAGCGAUGUUGGCGUCCACGGCGUGACUGGCAUGUUCAGAGACGCGUCGUCUGCGACUGUUGCAAGCGCCAUGGGUCACGCACAUGGCGCUGACAACCCACAGCCCGAUAAGGCGGCGAAGAGCAACUCGGGAAAGUCCUACCUCACAUCCUGGCGAAAGCUGCGAAACAAGAGCUCUGGCGCGCCACUAUCUACCAACACAGCGGCACAGCCUGCAACAGCCAAACCUGGAGUCGAAAAAGAACAACAUUUAAUGCCAUCCGUCCCCAUGACGAAUUUCGUACCCGUCGAACGUCGAGGCACGAAGAGGGAUGCUCGCAACCUCGUCUUUGAAGGUCCCAACAAAGAGUACAUGGGCUCCCUAGCUCGGCUGUUCGACGGCGUACAAGUGCUCGAUCAAAUUGCGAGACAGGUUGAGGAUCCCGGUCUGAAGCACUCGUCGCCUACGCAUGUUGGGCUGGAACUCAGUAUUCGCCACGCAGCCGAGUUUUUUGGAUUCUAUGUGUGUAGGUUUGUGUUGGCAGAUUUGGGCCUUUUGAUGGAGAAGUAUUUGAAGAGAGGGACGGAGUGGGUGCUCGCUUAG